CUUUACUAUUUUAUUACAAUCAGUAAAUUAUUUAUAUUUAAAAGUUGUUAAAACGAUUUUAGUGUUGCGUUAGAAUGUUUAUAUAUAUUUAAUCUAUAGUAAUUGUUGGUUACACUUAGUUUUUGAUUUUUAUAUAUUUAAUUACUACCACAUGCCGCCUAAGAAGGAUUCAAAGUCUUCGGCUAAACAGCCACAAAAGACCCAAAAGAAGAAAGAGGGUUCCGGAGGUGGCAAAGCCAAAAAGAAGAAGUGGUCCAAAGGAAAAGUACGUGACAAGUUAGACAAUCAGGUCUUGUUCAACAAGGAAACUUAUGACAAACUGUACAAGGAAGUACCCCAAUACAAGCUAAUCACUCCCUCAGUCGUUUCCGAACGUCUGAAGAUCCGUGGCUCUUUGGCCAGACGUGCCCUCAUUGAAUUACGUGAGAAAGGUCUCAUCAAGCAAGUUGUACAGCAUCAUGCACAACUCAUCUACACGAGAACAACAAAGGGAGAUGAUACAGUAGCAUAAUGUACUUUCUUAUAUUAAAUAAAAAAUAUAAAAGAUAA